AUGACUUGCCAAGCGUUUGCUUCAUCUGACACCUUUGUACCCUUGAAUUCUGACUCUUCUCCCUCUCUGCCUCUGAUAAUGCAUCACAGCGCUGCAGAGUGCCUGCCGGUUUCUAACCAUGCCACCAAUGUUGUGUCUACAGUCCUGUCUUUUUUGUCUUUGAUCCAAACUCUUAUGUGCUCCCAUGUCCGCUUUGCCAUGAUGACUUUGGGAAACUCUUUGGCAGGACUUCAUUACUCCGUGCCUUCCUGUCCUUAUGGAAACCAACCAUCUACCUACGGAGUGAUGGCAGGAAUCAAGCCUGCAACUCCAGAGAUGCUAUCAGCAAGUCUCUCCCAGAGUCGCAUCUUACAGACGUGCAGCAUGCCACAUCCCAAUGUGGUAAAUGGUGUCAGCACCUUGCAAAGUAGCCUGACUCCUUGCCUUUAUAAAUUCCCGGAGCACGCCCUGAGCGCCAGCUCCUGUGCCCUGGGCCACAGCUUCACAUCCAUGCACCAGUCCCUCCUUGCAGACGACCCCGCCGCUGCAGACUUCAAGCAGGAGUUCCGCAGAAAAAGCAAGUCUGUCGAAGAGCCCGUGGACAUGGACUCCCCUGAAAUCAGGGAACUCGAGAAAUUCGCUAAUGAAUUCAAGCUGCGGAGAAUUAAGCUGGGCUAUACACAAACCAAUGUCGGAGAAGCACUGGCUGCUGUGCAUGGCUCUGAAUUCAGCCAAACUACUAUUUGCCGUUUUGAAAACUUGCAGCUGAGUUUCAAGAAUGCAUGCAAACUGAAAUCAAUACUGUCCAAGUGGCUGGAGGAAGCAGAACAAGUAGGAGCUUUAUACAAUGAAAAAGUUGGAGUGAAUGAGAGGAAGAGGAAGCGCAGAACCACCAUAAGCAUUGCUGCCAAAGAAGCCCUAGAGAGGCACUUCGGAGAACAGAGCAAGCCUUCAUCUCAGGAGAUUAUGAGGAUGGCAGAGGGGCUCAAUCUCGAGAAAGAAGUUGUGAGAGUUUGGUUUUGCAACAGAAGACAAAGGGAAAAAAGAGUGAAGACAAGUUUACAUCAGAACACCUUUAGUUCUAUUAUCAAGGAGCAUCAUGAAUGCCGGUAA